UGAUAAAAAUAGCAAUAGCACACAAAGUGAACAAAGCGAUCAAGAUAAUGAUAAGAUUAAUAAAAUAAACGAUUUUUAUCAUAAAGAACAAGAAAACAAGAAUGUGCUGAAUGAAAUUGACAAUCCUAUUCGAAAAAUUUUUAAACGUGUCUUUGUUAAUAACUCUUGA